GGUGCUCUAUCACGAAUAAGUUAAUUACAGAUCAUUUUGUUAUUUAUUUGAGAGCACAUAAAAGAACUGUGGAGAAAGCUAAGUUGCAUACACAGUCUCAGACACAUUCCAUCUUUCAAGCAAGAAAAUGGUAACCAUUGUGCGUUCUUACAAUGUCACUCCAAAUGAACCAACUCCCAGUGAUCCUUUAUGGCUAUCAGAUAGUGACCAAAUCGGGUCCCUAGGUCACGUACCCAAUAUCUUCAUCUACAAAGCAAAACACAGCAACAACCCCAUCGAGAAGAUGAUGAACUCUCUUAGCAAGAUUUUAGUUCACUACUAUCCAGUAGCUGGAAGAUUGAGUUUGACGGAAGAUGAUCGCAUGGAGGUGAAUUGCAACGCAAAGGGAGUCACGUUGCUCGAAGCCGAAAGCACAAAAUCAUUUGGUGAUUAUGGAGACUUUUCACCAUCAGAAUCAACGGAAGAACUUGUUCCAAAAGUUGAUUACACUCAACCUAUAGAGGAGAUUCCCCUUCUGCUACUUCAGGUAACAAGGUUCCAUGGUGGUGAAGGACUUGCCCUUGGAGUUCUUAUCUCUCACCCUAUCACCGAUGCAACCGGCAUCAUCCGCUUCGUGAACAAUUGGGCAAAGGUGGCUCGAGGAGAAGAACUAUUGCCUCAUGAGAUUCCAUUUCUAGAUCGAACAGGACUCAAAUUUCCACACCAAAACUCAUCACCUAGAGUUAAACUCCCAGAGUGGAAGCCUGUACCACAGAUAGAGCAAAGAAAGAGAAGUGCUUUGUUGUUGAAACUCACAUCAAGCCAAGUGGAGAGGCUAAAGAAGAAAGCCAAUGAAAAACCUUCAAAAGAAAGGGUAAGACCCUAUACCAGAUUUGAAGCUGUUGCUGCUCAUAUAUGGCGAUGUGCAGCCAAGGCUCGUGAAUCUAGUGAGAACCACCCAACUUUUGUUCGGUUCAGUGUUGAUUUUCGAAGUAGAUUGAAUCCACCUCUCCCUCAAAACUAUUUUGGGAAUGCUUUGGCCAAAGGAGUGACACCAAAAUGUUAUGAGGGAGAUAUCAUAUCAAACCCUUUAGGUUUUUCUGCUGAAAAGAUUAGAGAAGCAGCUCAUGCAGUUACAGAUGAGUUUAUAAGGUCACAGUUGAAGGCUAGUUUAGGAAAAGGGCAAAAGGAUCACAUAAGGGCCUUUUUCAAGGGACAGGGGCACCUUAUGAAUGUGCCUUAUGCUGGGAACCAUAACAUUCUGCUUACAAGCUUGACGAGGAUGCCGGUGUAUGAAGCAGAUUUUGGUUGUGGAAAGCCUGUGCAUUUUGGUAUAGCACGUUCCUUUCAAGAAGAUAGAGCAGUGAUUGUUCGAAGCCCAGAUGGAGAUGGUGUUGUUGUCACCAUAAUCUUCCAGACACCACUUAUGCAGCUUUUCCGAAAAUUCUUCUACGAGGAUCUGUUUGUGUCCUCGUUAUAACUCUUGCGUCCAUGGAACAUCAUGUUAGAUCUCGAUUUCGGCAUCGCUGCUACCUUUGCAGAUAUUGUUUUUGUUUUCUGGUAUGACAGGGUCUGUUUCCAUGUUUCUUUCUUUUAUUCGUGUUUCGUCCUUGAACGAAUGUUACAAAAAAUUAUUUUGA